GAGGGGCCCGUGCGCGCGUGGUGCCGCCGCGGGGAGAGGCUGAAGGGCGAACCGGUCUGCGCCCGCCCGCCCCGGUUGCCAGGGAGAAAAGAGAUUUUUUCCUGAGCUGUGAAGAAACUAGAAAUUGACUGCCACAGCCUUCAUUCAAGCUUUCCCUGUGAAAAGAAAUCUGCGUUGAUGCCAAUCAUAUAAGAGACGAGGAGUCCUGAAUAAACAAAGAGAAGAGAGUUAAGCACACAGUCUGUAUUGUGAACACUUACCCACGGGUUAAAAUGGUGAGUGAAAGUCAUCAUGAGGCCCUGGCAGCACCGCCAGCUACCACAGUAGCAGCAGCAAUUCCAAGCAAUGUCACUGAGCCAGCCAGUCCUGGAGGAGGGGGAGGAAAAGAAGAUGCAUUUUCUAAGUUAAAAGAGAAGUUCAUGAAUGAACUGAACAAAAUUCCACUGCCACCUUGGGCCUUAAUAGCCAUAGCCAUAGUUGCAGUCCUAUUAAUCCUUACCUGCUGCUUUUGUCUCUGUAAGAAAUGCUUGUUCAAAAAGAAGAACAAGAAGAAGGGAAAGGAGAAGGGAGGGAAGAAUGCUAUUAACAUGAAAGAUGUUAAAGAUUUAGGGAAAACCAUGAAAGACCAGGCUCUUAAGGAUGACGAUGCUGAGACCGGGCUGACUGAUGGGGAAGAGAAAGAAGAACCCAAAGAAGUGGAGAAACUAGGGAAAAUCCAAUAUUCUUUGGAUUAUGACUUCCAGAACAAUCAGCUUCUAGUUGGGAUUAUUCAAGCAGCUGAGCUGCCUGCAUUAGAUAUGGGUGGUACAUCUGAUCCCUAUGUGAAAGUUUUCCUGCUGCCUGAUAAGAAGAAGAAAUACGAGACAAAAGUUCACAGAAAGACUCUUAAUCCUGUUUUCAAUGAGCAAUUUACAUUCAAGGUGCCAUACUCUGAGCUGGGUGGAAAAACUUUAGUGAUGGCAGUUUAUGACUUUGAUCGUUUUUCCAAACAUGAUAUCAUUGGGGAAUAUAAGGUUGCGAUGAACACAGUGGACUUUGGUCAUGUCACUGAGGAAUGGAGAGACUUGCAAAGUGCAGAGAAGGAAGAGCAAGAAAAACUGGGUGAUAUCUGCUUCUCCCUCCGUUAUGUGCCUACUGCUGGCAAACUGACUGUCGUCAUUCUGGAGGCAAAGAACCUGAAGAAGAUGGAUGUCGGUGGACUAUCAGAUCCCUAUGUGAAGAUCCAUCUGAUGCAGAAUGGUAAGAGGCUGAAGAAGAAAAAGACUACGAUUAAAAAGAACACUCUGAAUCCCUACUACAACGAGUCUUUCAGCUUUGAAGUACCAUUCGAGCAAAUUCAGAAAGUGCAAAUUGUUGUGACUGUUUUGGACUAUGACAAGAUUGGCAAGAACGAUGCCAUCGGGAAAGUCUUUGUGGGCUACAACAGCACCGGAGCUGAGCUGCGGCAUUGGUCAGACAUGUUGGCCAACCCCCGGCGGCCCAUUGCACAGUGGCACACCUUACAGCCCGAGGAGGAGGUAGAUGCCAUGCUGGCAGUCAAGAAGUAAAUGAAAUCAAAUUAAAGUAAAUUAUGAAGAAGAAGAAGAAGCCUUUCUGCAUUUGCCCACAUAGUGCUCUUUAGCCAGUAUCUGUAAAUACCUCAGUAAUAUGGGUCCUUUCGUUUCCAGCCAUGUGUUCCUGACACAGAUCAGUUGUACUUUUAAAUUCCCAUUUUAAUUUGCACAAAUUUAAAUGUAGAGAGCCCUCUAAAGGAGCUUCAUUUCACCACUGCCCCCCUCAAAAUCUACUCUUCUUUUAAGCAAUAUGAUGUGUAGAUAGAGCAUGACAGAAAUUAUUUAUUGUAUCACACAGUUGUAUAUAUACACCAGUAUGCUGAGAAUUUAUUUCUAGUUUGUGCAUUUGUAUGUUGUAAGCGUUUCCUAAUCUGUGUAUAUCUAGAUGUUUUUAAUAAGAUGUUCUAUUUUAAAUUAUGUACAUUGACUGAGAUAUAGGAGAGCUGAUAAUAUAUUAUAAGGUAACUAUUGUAUCGUCUGCAUUCCAGAAAAAAAAAAACAAAACAAAAAUUCCAACUUGUAAGGCACUAGUAGUGUAACACUGACAUCUUAAAGGACAACUUAAAUCUGAGCUUUCAACUGGACCAUCCUAAAAACACGCGACGCGUCCACAGUGAAUCUUGGAGGGGCAAAUCCAAUUGGGUAGACUUCUUGCACAGGCAACUUAGCAUGAUCUGAGCAGCUCCGUGGCUGACCUCAAGGAGAUGUAGCCAGAAGCCAGGAUAUGAUUUUUUUGUAUAUAUUCCAAAGCAAACACGUAACAGACUGAAGUGGCUUUAGAUGGAAAGUUGAGGAAGCAGUUCCAUGGGAGGCAACGGUUUCAUCUAACAUACAAAGACAGACCAUUG